AAGAAAGUGAAAGUUCUGACAGUGACAUUGGAUUUAGGAAUGGUUCAGAUGAUGAUGAGCUGCAUGAUUUUCAGAAACAGAUAGCCCUUCUUACCUCAAGGUUCAAUAAUCAUAUGCAGAAAAAGAAGAACUCUUCUAACAACAAGCUCCGCAAGUCCUCUACCAGCAACCACAAGAGAAAAGAGUGAUCUUUUGAAUCGUCUGAGAAUACUGUUGCUGAGGAUGCUCCAAAGUGCUUCAAUUGUGGGAAGACUGGACAUCUGAUGAAGGACUGCAGGAUGCCUAAGAGGAAGAAGGAUGCUGAGUACUACAAGCAGAAGAUGAAUCUGAACAAGAAGAAGAUGUUGCUGGCAAUGGAAGAAAGUUGUGAGAAGAGUGCCCUCAUGGCUGAAAAGGAUCACUGGAUGGAUGAUUCUGAUGAGGAAGAGAAUCUGGCCUUGAUGGCGGUUGUUGAAGAAGAAGAGAAAGAGAAGGAUGCUGAGAAGGAAGGAAAGAUGAAGUCAACCCCUGCUGCUGAUGAAAAGGAGAAAGACAAAGCUGAGGAGAAGAAGAACCUGCCUACUGCAACCAAUGCUGAUGAAGCGACUGCCCUGACUGCUGAGAACAGAAAUGCUGACAAUGAAGUUUAGAUGAACAGAUGCUACUACGAUGAUGAUGAACAGGUUCAGAAGACGGCGAACAGGUCCUUUGCGCGAUUCGACCACUUGCGCGAACAACAGGCCUUGCGCGAUCUGAGAGAUACGCGAUCCUUGUCCUUGCGCUAUCUCCAGAUCUGCGCGAUCUGAUAGACUUGCGCGUUUCACACCCCUGCGCGAUUACUAGUUGCGUGAUCUGUUGGAGUGCGCAAUUCGAAUACCUUGCGCGUUU